AUGCGAGCCGUUCUGCAACGUGUCAAAGGCGCAACAGUUCACGUCGAUGGAAAGCUCGUUUCCAAGAUUGGACCAGGAAUCGUAGCCCUGAUUGGCAUUUCGACCGAGGACACUGCAGCAGAGAUCGUACCACUGGCGAACAAGAUUCUCAACACCAAACUAUGGAACGAGAACCAGCAAGCGGGGCAAAUCACCAUACCCUCGCAAUACGAGCCCGAGCCCGAGCCCUUGUCCUCUACCAGCGCCUCUGAUCCAAAUGGCUCGGUACCCCCGCCUGUCACUGCACCAGUCAACGGCGAGUCGAGCGGCGAAGGCAAUGCGAGGGCAGAGCAAGUAUGGGGAGGCAAACCGUGGAAACGAUCCGUUGUCGAACUUGGCGGAGAAGUGCUUUGUGUGUCUCAAUUCACGCUCUUUGCUCGAACGGUCAAGGGCACAAAGCCAGACUUCCACCGUGCCAUGGGCGGCGAUUCGGCAAGGGUCAUCUACGAAGCGUUGCUCCACAAGCUCGGUGACAGCUACUCGCACGAGCGCAUCAAGGAUGGCGCAUUCGGUGAGAUGAUGGAUGUUUCGCUGACAAAUGAUGGGCCCGUGACGAUUUUACUGGAUACCGCCGAGAAGAAGUAG